UUGGCGCGUUAUAGCUCUUUUUGACUUCUACCCUUAGCAUUUUAACUGAGGUAACCAGUUGAAUUCUGGCAGAAGGUGGAUCUUUUUAGUGAAAUUAUGAGAUAAGUACUGAUGUUUCAGGUACGUGGCCCUGUUAAUCCGGCUAGAGCCAUACCAGAUAUCGAUUUCUCAGUCGGUCAUGGCACUGACAUGCCAGUGGGAUCACGCGGACAUUUUGUCAAUGAUUUAACUAGACAAGUGCCGAACCAGUGUGGUAGUAGUAGUGAAAUAUCAGUGGAGGAGGUCGACAAUUCAAAGACAGUUGUUUUCGAAGACAGUUAGCUUCACCUAGGUAUGAAUAGCCCAGAACAGGAUUUGCUCGAUUUCACUCGUCUGUCGUACAUAGGCUGCUGAGGGCAUACAAGACAGGAUGUCUACGGUAGAAUUAAGCCCAGUGAAGAAGAGACGAAAGCUAUCUCUGAAAGUCAACAAAAACUCACCUGGCGUAAACACACUCUGUGAUGGCAAGUCAGAGUUGUUGACAAGUGUCAGAAGUCCAGCAAAUGACACAAAGAAGGAAAAUUGCUUCUGUAGAGAAAGGAAGGCUCACAGAGGCAGAGAUUCCAUCAACCCCAGAGGAACAAAAUGCUGGCCCAGGUAUCAUUGGAUUCAUGAAUCUAGGAAACACCUGCUUCUUGAAUAGUGUAUUACAAAUUUUAAGAUACACACCUGGUUUUCUGGAUGGCCUGGAGGAUCUCAAUAAAGAUGUUAUUGAGGUUGAAAAACUUCAGCGUGAAAUUACUGAAGAAUCAAAAAAAGAGCUUGGAGAUGAUUAUGAGAAAGCAUCAGAGAAUUUGUCUUCACAAGUGGCCAAAAUUCUCCAACAGCUGUUUACAAGGAUGGAUAGUCGUGAAAGAAGGUUUCGACAACUUGGCAGUUCUGCCGUUGCUUCAAUGACUGUCAGACCUGACCGGCUUCUAGAAAUACUAAGGCGGAUAAAUCCAAUGUUUGAAGGUUACCUUCAGCAUGAUGCUCAAGAACUGUUACGUUGCCUGCUUUGUUACAUUCAAGAUGCCUUGAAAGAAAAUGGUAAAGUCAGAACGAAAUACAAGGAAUUAGAAAUGAAGAAGAAGACAAAAGAGAGCUCCUUGAACAACAUUACAAAGUAUUUUGGUAUGGGCUCUCAGAAGAUAGCUUCAAAGGCUGCUGUCAGCAGAACUGAUGUUAAGACAGCUCUUUUUGUGGAAAAGGCUCAACAAGAAAGCUCUUGUUUGUUGGACACAAAAUCACCUAUGGUUAAACCUAAGAGUAAAGUCGUCAGAGUUACAGAGACUGUGACAAGUGUUGAGUACAGUGGCAAGAACUGCGAGACUAUUACUAACUGCAAAGCUACUACAGAAAGUAUACAAGCACACAGUUCAUAUGAUGAAACAGAUAGCAUGUCCCAGGUGAAAUCUGGCUCAAGUCCCACAUGCAGAGUGACUUUGCCUAAAAAGAACUCUCCUGUUACUCCAGUCAGCACCACUUCUGUGUUAGACAGUGGAAGUGGAAGACGGAGAACCAGGCGCUCCAGCAUAAGUCCCGCAUCAGGCAGUGGUAACAUUGAUGUUACCCCAAAAUCUGGAGGGACAAGAGGCCGUAAGCGCAAAAAGGUUGAGGCAGCAGAUAAAGAUUUACCCUUGUCACAGGACAUAAAAUGCAGCUCUGCAAAAAAAUGUUCCACUGACACUGGUGGUAAUGUAAAUGGGCUGGCUGGAGGAGGCAAAUCUCAGCCCAAUGUCCUGUCAAUGUUCGGGAAACGAGAAGCGGGCUGUAGGAGACUGGGGAUGAGAGGUGCAGUGGUGGCCAAAAUCCACAAUGGUGUGGAGGCCCCUGACAGCUUACACUACAAACCAACCCUGGAGACGGCCAAUCUAACAGAGAUGUCCAUUCCUGACCACACAGGGGAUGGUCCGUCUGUUAUACCAGACCCUUCAGUUAUACCAGAUCCUGUAGUCCCAGUCAUGGAGGUGAGCUCUGUCCUGUCUCAUAAUCUGAUCCUGAAUCAGGAGGCAGCAGGGGGUGGGGGACGCUCUCAAGGGAAGCGCUUCCCUGGUGUGCUGGAACACGUCAGUGAGAAAAAUCUUAAAUCGGCAGCCCUUAGGGAUAUCAAGCAAGUAAAAGUGAAACUGGAGAAGUGUGACACUGUGUGCAACUCACCGCUGAAGUCAGUCAGUGCGCACGAGGCCAUCAGGAAGCUGGGUGUCCCUGAGGACAAACACAAGGACUUUGUGGAGCACUUGUUUCAGGGGAUGAUGAUGCUGAGGACGAGGUGUAUGGAGUGUGAGUGUGCUCGCGAAAGGCAGGAAGUGUUUCAGGAUGUCAGCGUCCCACUGAAGAAAACACAUGUGGUGGUAGAGGAUAACCAAAAUGAGUCUGACGAGGAGCCAGAAGAACCUUCCCUGUCCUGUUUGAUGUCUGCUUUCACAGACGUGGAGAAACUGUGUGAUGACAAUAAGUACUUCUGCGAGAAUUGCUUCAGCUAUGUGGAAGCCGAGAGAUCCUUGCAUUAUGAGACUCUGCCAGAAAUCUUGACGCUUCAUCUGAAGAGAUUUGCUGCGUCUUCAGGGUAUUUUGGAAACUUGACUAAAAUCAAUGACCAUGUGGCAACUCCAGAGUACCUGCCGUGUCUUCGGUACAAGUGUCCUCGUCCCUGUCACCGGCGAGACCACAGGUAUAAAUUGUUUGGGUUGAUUGCUCAUUCAGGAAUGAGCAUCACAUCUGGGCACUACAUGUCAUAUGUAAGGUUGCUACCAGAAUCCAAAGCUGUCCAAAACCUGAUCGCUAAACCAGACAGAAAUAAGCCACAGGCCUCAAAGUUAGAAAGAUUCAUGGAGAAAACCUUUGUGAAAGUGAAGAGUGAGUCUGUAGAGAAGAUUGGAGAGAGCAGUGCUGGUCAGUGUGCUACGGGCUGUGCUCGUGGGGCUGCAGCCUUACCUGAGGAGAGCUUUAAAACAGGUGGUCAGGGUAUAAAACUUUCUGAAGAGGACAGCCUGACAAGUUCCCAUCUAGGCUCAAAGUUUGCGGAUCAUAAUAGUGUAAAACCAGCCGGCGAGAAUCCUCGGUUGUCCGAUGCCGGUUGCGUAACAAAAGCUGAGGGCUACGUGAGGACAGAGACUGUGGAGGAAGUGGACUGUGUAGGGAAUACCAGCCUGGGGGACACCUCCUGUGACGAUGCGACUGAGGACAUUUUCAACAAGUGGCUGGAGUGUGACGAUGACUUUGUACAGAUUCUGGAUGAAGAGGACUUUGAACGUCGUCUGGCACCUAAUUCUGGCUACAAUGCUACACCCUAUGUGCUGUUUUAUAUAAAAGACAAAGACAUGUUCUAAUAUGAACCAAACAUACUUUACAGAGGUAUCCUUGCUGGACUCGUACUUAAAAACUGAGAAUUUUGUUACACUAAAUGCGAAUUCAUUCGUUAACAUCAUGCUUUUACAAGCUGUGAUAAAACUGCAAGGACAUGACUUGAAGGGGUGAAUAGUUUUAACCAUGGCCUGUUGGUCUGGCAUUAAAAAUGUUCAGUUGUUAUAACUGGAGAAUACAGUUUUAUGGAUGUUGAUACCGCACUUUUGAACCCACCUGUCUGCAUUAAGACCACCAUAAUUUGUUUUCAAGAUGUUCUACAUUUUCUUUGUGUUCCUCAAGCCUAUGAGGUAUUGUUCAGAUGUUUGUGGAAAUAUACGUACGAAACUUCGGGAUGUUCUUCAUUGAUAUAUGUUUUAUAAGCACGAUACUGUUAGAAGAUACAUCUGUAUCGGUGUAUACGCUGAAUAAUUACCUUGUAUGGCAUGAACCAGUUAUUGACAUUUACCAUAUGUGAGAAGUAUAUGGUUCUUAAUAUAUAAGGCUUUCAUGUGUCACGUUUUUGCUAUUUUAGGUGUAUUGUAGUGCCAUUUAUUGUUACAUUUGUUCAAGUCUGUUGAAAAACCUUUUUAAUGUGGCAUUCAUAAAUAAGUUACUGAUGGGCUCAAUUCUUUGUUUUGAACUUUGAUUUAUGAGAAUUCUUCAACUGAGAUAAUUUUUGAACUUGACCUUCGCAACCAUAGCUACUUCAGUUUGUUGUUGAAGUUUCUUUAUUUAGAAUGCCCUUUCUGUUACUAUUAUUUCAUCAAACUUUAAUUUGAGGGACAUUUGUUGUGGGAAUUCCUUCUUUGUAUGUGUAAUUGUUUUACAAAGCUGGUAGCCAGACUGGGCUUAUGGCUGUUGAAUAAUCUCACAUGAAAUCUUGCAAAUGGUUGCAUUCUAAUUCUGUUCUGAUCAUUAGCCACUUUCACAUAACUUCAUCAACCAAUAUUUCCUUGUGCCACUAAAACCUUCAGGCAGCGUCAUUUAUAAAAACGUUAACGAGAAAUAGGACGUUUUGUAAAAGUGGCCCCGUAUCUGGAAAUUUAUUUUAAUUAUUAUUCUUUUCUUUUCGUGUUUGAGCCGUCUGGUGAGGUUUGCACGUAUGGCUUUUUCAUUUCAGGAUGUGAAUUUCAUGAUCUUGUCAUGUUGAAUAAAUUACAUGUAAUUAUUGCACCAUUGUUAUUCUUUACAUGAGCAUUCCCAUGAAAUUAAAUGAGAGGAAAUCUUAA